ACUCAUUUUGGACGAAAUUGCGGCCACAACGGACGGACCUGAUAUCGCCCAUAAUUCGAUGUCCAUGGAUGAGUGGGGAGCGAUGUCGACACAUGCCUCGGCGUUCCAGUAUCAAACCUAACAUCAUUAGUUUGUGCAUAUGUUCAUACUACUUUCUUUGGUACAGUACUGCGGUGUAUUACGUCUGGCAAAGGAAACAGUUUACCGUUUAAGAAGAAACCGGAAUUAAACGGGGAAGGACCUAGACCAAAUUGUCCAACAGAAAUGAAUACACCGUUUGGGGCUGUCGUAAAACGUUUCUUAAGCGGAAGCAAACAGAGCGAAACGGGAAGGACUUACCUGAAUUUAUACAAUAGAAAGUUUGGUUUUGCAACUGUUUGGACUCAUGAUAUCACCACAGGUUGCGGUCUGCUGCUCAUGCGCACUGACUCAACUACGAAAUAUGGCGGCUGACGACUUCUAGAGAAAAGUGUUGGGAUCUGAUCAAUUUCGUUAAAAAGCUGCCCUGGUCAGUACUACAGGGCGAUAGUUGCACACUGGGUGGACCACCUUCCUGUCAUUCCCAUUGCCUUGUAGAAUAACCACAUUACCCAGGAGCCAUCAUGGGCAGGACAUCAGUCAAAGAUCAGAAGGAGAAAGCAGGAAGUCUCCUUCCUCCAGGUCCCACUCCUGCUAAAGAGUCGUUCAGUUGGGAGGAGUACCUGAAGGAAACAUCAUCUACCCCGGCUCCACCUAGCUUCUUCAGACAGUCCAGAGUCCCUCCCUCCAAUGACUUCAAGGUGGGGAUGAAGCUGGAAGUCCAUGACCCUCGGAACUCCACCUCUGUGUGCAUCGCCACUGUGAUGGGCAUGACUGGUGUACGUCUGCGUCUUCGUCUGGAUGGCAGUGACAACACCAAUGACUUCUGGAGGCUGGUCGACUCCUCAGACAUCCAGCCUAUAGGAACCUGUGAAAAGAAUGGGGACAUGCUGCAGCCGCCGCUGGGCUUCAGAAUGAACGCGUCUUCCUGGCCCAUGUUUCUGCUGAGAACCCUGAAUGGAGCAGAGAUGGCCCCUGCUACCGCUUUUAAAAAGGAGCCUCCACCACUGUCCAGAAUAACUUUAAGCCGGAUGAAGCUGGAAGCAGUAGAUAAGAAGAACCCCUACCUCAUCUGCCCUGCUACCAUCGGAGAGGUGAAGGGGGAGGAAGUGUUUGUGAUGUUUGACGGGUAGGGGGCGUUUGACUACUGGUGUCAACACCACUCUAGAGAUCUCUUCCCUGUUGGAUGGUGCUCCGUUACCAAACACAGCCUGCAGAAGCCUGGCAACAGUGCCAGUGUAGAGGCUGUAGUCCAGCGUAACUCUCCUCUCUCAGCCAGUGUAGAGGCUGUAGUCCAGCGUAACUCCUCAGCCAGUGUAGAGGCUGUAGUCCAGCGUAACUCUCCUCUCUCAGCCAGUGUAGAGGCUGUAGUCCAGCGUAACUCCUCAGCCAGUGUAGAGGCUGUAGUCCAGCGUAACUCUCCUUUCUCAGCCAGUGUAGAGGCUGUAGUCCAGCGUAACUCCUCAGCCAGUGUAGAGGCUGUAGUCCAGCAUAACUCUCCUUUCUCAGCCAGUGUAGAGGCUGUAGUCCAGCGUAACUCUCCUUUCUCAGCCAGUGUAGAGGCUGUAGUCCAGCUCAACCUGCCAAAGAACCUGCAUGUCCUAACAGCAGCCCACACCCCCUCCAAGCCUAGCCGUAGAUCCAUGCCUGCGCCCUUCCGGCUUCCCAGCCCCCUGCCCCCGCUGCCUGUCAGGAAGGGGGUGCGGGGGCGGCGCCCCAAGAGUGAGACCAUCGCCCUGCUGAAGGCUGUAGCGGAGGCAGCUGCAGCUCAGAACGGCACGACUCCAACCUCUAACUCACUGCUGGCUCCCAGGCCUCACAAGAAGAGAGGCCCUAAACCUGGCAGCAAGAGGAAGCCCAAGGUGCUCCAGAAUGUAGUGUCUUCAGGUGCUGCGGAUGCCAAGCUGUCAGGGGGUCAACAGGACUGCUUCAGCUCUGUGGUCUCUACAGUGUGUGUGUAUGUGAACAAGCAUGGGACCUGUGGGCCUCACCUGGACAGGAAGCGGAUGCAGCGUCUUCCGGACCACUUUGGGCCAGGUCCUGUUAACGCGGUGCUACAACAGGCAGUUCAGACUUGUCUAGACUGUUGUUACCAACCAAAGGUGCUGCUCAGAACUCUACAGGCACACGCUGGGGGAGGAGAGGUUGUCAGUGUGAGGAUGGAUGGUGGAGUUCGUCUGGUGAAGCUGCCCUCAGCCUCAAGCGCCUCCUUUGUGCUCCGCUUCCUGGAGACGCUGUGCCGCACGCUGCAGAGUCAUUUCCUCUUCAGCUCCCAGCCCUUCAGCAACACAUACACUUACAGUAAAUAUGUGAAGGAGGAGGCGUUGGAGGCCCCAUCACUGAGCCAGGGGAUGAAACGCCAAUCUAGAGACGCAUCCCCCUACGCAGCCCCCCUUUCCCCUAAACUACUGCGCACCGAGGCACACCUUUCAGAAGCAGAUACUCUGCCCCAUGAGGAGAACAGCCUUCUGAAGGAGCAGUGCUUCAUGGACUCUAACUCCAUGAUGCUGCGCAGCACCUCUGACUACCACACCCACUCCCAGGCCAGCAGCCCCUAUUACCCAUGCCAUGGCCCCGAACGCGCCCACAGCACGCCACUGCACCGCCUUGCCUCCAACCCUGCGGACCUCCCCUGUACACACACCAACAGAGGAGUGGAAGCCGCCAGCUCCACCACGGGCCCCGAGCCCACGGGCCCUGACAGACAGACCCCCAGGGGGGCAGGGUUGGGCAGGAACCCCUCUACCUGGUCCAUCGAUGAGGUCAUGCAGUUUGUGAGCGACGCCGACCCCUCAGCCCUGGCCCCGCACGCUGAGCUGUUCAGGAAACACGAGAUUGACGGCAAGGCCCUGAUGCUGCUGAGGAGUGACAUGGUGAUGAAGUACAUGGGUCUGAAGCUGGGGCCCGCCUUGAAGCUGUGUCACCACAUAGAGCGGCUGAAACAGGGCAAAUUGUAGAGCUGAGAAACACAGAAUGGAACAGGGCAAACUGUAGAGGUGAAACACAUAUACUGAAACAGGGCAAACUGUAGAGGUGAAACUGGAGAGCUGAAACAGACAAACAGGGCUAACUGUAGGGCUGAAACUGUAGAAUUGUAACAGACUGAAACAGGGCAAAUGGACUGAAACACAGAAAAGAACAACUGUAAACUGCAAACUGUAGAGCUGAAACGGGGCAAGCAGUAGAGCUGAAACGGGGCAAGCAGUAGAGCUGAAACGGGGCAAGCAGUAGAGCUGAAACGGGGCAAGCAGUAGAGCUGAAACGGGGCAAGCAGUAGAGCUGAAACGGGGCAAGCAGUAGAGCUGAAACGGGGCAAGCAGUAGAGCUGAAACGGGGCAAGCAGUAGAGCUGAAACGGGGCAAGCAGUAGAGCUGAAACGGGGCAAGCUGUAGAGCUGAAUUGUAGCAGGUCCCAGAUUAGCCCGGCCUCACAGACCCCAGGUGAGAAACAGCCCACAGAAUGUCCCACAGCGUCUCUUACAGGUGACCCAAUACUCAACCUCUAACAGUCUCUUCAGGGGCACACAGCCCCCUCUAGCCCCCAGCCUGCACUAAGCCCUCUUUAUCUCUGAGCUCUCUCACUCCGGUUAUGUUAUCUGUGGUAACAUGCCUCUAACAUACAGACAGUGUGGAAACAUGGAAACACAUGGUGUGGAUCAGUGAAAACAUGCGUUGUGCAUUGCUGACACCACAUUACCUCAUCCUCUCCCCAGCCAAUCAGAGCUGGGCAAGCCAAACACAGAAGGCUGUGAUUGGUUGGAUCCCAAAGCAACAGACUCUCUCCAUAGUGUUUACAUUGAAUAGCACAGACUGACUAACCUACACUAGGACAUGCUAAGACUUUUUACUGAGUAAUGUUUCAUCCUGCUUCUGGAUCCCAAAGAUGUACAAUGUUUUCUUCUAUGACGUUCUGUUUUUAUUAUCAUUAAUAUCCUGUUAAUAAGAAGGAUGUGUAUAUAAAUUUAACAGUGACGAUAUUAGAUGCUAACUUGUUUACAGCUGCAGAAUGUCUGUUGUCUAUUUCAAUUCCUGUUAGUUCAAUCAUGUGUCCAUGAUGCUGGGUGAUCUGCAGUUUAAGGUAGACCUAUGGCCUGUUGCCAUGACGGUCACUAGCCUCUCAUGGUAAAGGGUGAAAUGUUUUACUAGUGUUAGCAGGUGACUUUCCCUAAUGUAAGAUGGCCAUUGUCGUAAACAGCUAAACGUUUUAUCUAAUGCCUGUCAGACGGACAGGCACACAGACCAUCAACCUCCAACCAGUGGAGAUAAUCGGGCAGUGCUUUUGAAACUCAAAUUCCCUGUGAGUGUGGUGUUUGAUGUGGGGAUUAAUGAAGGUCAUGCUGUUAAAGAGAUCGCUCCUACUGGUGGUAUCAAGCACAGAGGCUUUGUCCAGUUUUCAUCAAUACAGGCCUGUCGAGAAAGAUUAUUUUUAAUUUAUUUCCAGAAGUUAUUUCAGAUGACUGGUCAGUGAUUCUAGAAGUUAUUUCAGAUGACUGCUCAGUGAUUCUAGAAGUUAUUUCAGAUGACUGGUCAGUGAUUCUAGAAGUUAUUUCAGAUGACUGCUCAGUGAUUCUAGAAGUUAUUUCAGAUGACUGCUCAGUGAUUCUAGAAGUUAUUUCAGAUGACUGCUCUGUGAUUCUAGAAGUUAUUUCAGAUGACAGCUCGUUCUAGUUUAAAGAGUAAAGGGGACAUAUUAAAGGGCUUUCCAUCUAGGUUUCAGUUUGAUAUUAAAGGUGCUAUACACAGGAUUUUUUAAAUUUAAAUUUUGUGUUGUAAUUUCAGAAAAUGUCCAUAAUAUAUCUACAGAAAUAGUGGAAUGAUGGUGUGUUUCACAGUAUUGCUUACCGGCCAGUGUUGUGAUUGACUGUGAUAGUAGCCUCAAAAUGUAACUGUGUUAUCAAAUGGGAAUCGCUCUUGUUUUCUCACAUAAACUGAAAUUGACCGAACAGUGUAGCAACCAGGGAAUUACAACAACAAAAAAUUCCACUAAAUAACACAGUCUGAAUUUACAAUGCAAAAAAACUACAAAAAAUCCUGUGUAGCGUCUUUAAAUAUCAGUCCGAGUCGGAGAUAUCCUCACCUGCUAUUGGUCCCUGCAGGAAGUCAUGUUGUCAGUUGGACCAUUUGUUAAAACAGAUUUAUGGGUUUAACCAUAAAUAUCAGACACAAGAAUGUACAUUUUUGUAGAAAAUAAAUAUUUUAAUGAAAUGUAUAUAUAAGUAGAAAUGUAAAGAUUAUGGGUGAGGGAGGGACAAUAUAUUUCAUACUGCCUUUUUAAUGCUUUAUGUAUGUUUUAGCUGAAACGCCCUCAACAUAAUACAGCAGAACCUGCCUUGCUUUACUUUGAGAUCUCUCAGGGCGUCUUGGUUAAUACACUUUUGUAGCAUUCUGUUCUGGGUAUUGUAAACCAUUCUUCUGUUGCUGGUGAGUUGAAGUUAAGGACUCAUUGUGCCAUAAAGCAACACAAGAACACAGUGUUCUUGUUAAAUUCUUUUAAAGCAGCUAAAAUUACUUGAAAAAGAUGCUGUAAGUCAUGCUUGUUUAUAAAGUCACACCUGAAAUAAAAGUGUAUUUUCUGUUUUAUAGAUAUCCCAAAUGGAAA